GUUCAAGUGAAACAAUGAGACGAUAGACAGUCCAAACUUAAUACACUGAAAUGGGGGUGCCAUAGCUCGGCAUCUCCCAGGUUUAACCACCAAAUCCCCUCUUGUCUGGGAGAAACCCUGACUCAUGCUGAGGUAUGGGCCCAGACCAUGUGUCUAUCCCCGUGUCCACCCUCUCAUUAGACGUCUCUUCACAUGACUGUGCUAGGGUUUCGGAGAGUUCAGAGAGUUUGAACAGAAGAUGUUGGAUGAGAGAGAGUAACAGAUUCCUAGACGAAGCGAGGAGGGUGGAAAAGAGAGGGCGAGUAAGGAGGAGGAUGGACAGGAAGAACAAUGAUGCUGAGGAGGGAGUAUGAGAGAGAGAGAAUAAGCUGCGUUCUCCCUCCUGGCUUCUCCUCCAUAUCGCUGUUUCCCGACAUUUACACGGAAGCUACCAAUCUUUUUGAUCUUUUUUUUCUAAUCUAUUCUAUCUUUUGAACCAUUUUUCAUGAUGACCCGCUCAUUGCAUACUUCUUACAAACCACCUUUUACAUCAAGCUUUCGAUGUCUGGUGUUAAUACCUAACUAUUACUGAUUUGUGCCGACUCAAAAAAAAAUACACAAAUAUAUAUAUUUUCUGCACUGAUAGUCCUUAAUAUGCCUUAUCCUUUUUUUAUGGUUGGUUUGGUAUGUUUGCUUUAUAAACGGAGUCAGUGCUGCUAAAUCCCAUUUCCCUUCUUUCCCUGUCUACCAUCCUUUCUAUCGCUCCACUGCCACCUCACCAUAUAAACCCAUUCCCUGUCUCCUACACUCUCUACCUGUCUUUAUCCAUUAUUCAUAUAUAUUUUUUUCAAUCGUAAACAUCUGAAAAGCCAUGUGGUCCACCUUCUUUCUGCACGAAGAGGAUGGCAGGCCGAUUCCACCAGGAUCGGGAGUAGGAGCCGGAGCAGGUACUCUGGGACUGACCGGUGUCAUGGGUGGCAGAGGGGCUGGGGCUGGUGCUAUGGGAGUUAAGCGCCGUGCAAAAGCAUCAACAUCAGGAGGCAUGAGCGAGGUCCAGGAGGGCAAGAUCAAGCUGGCGUUCUUCGUGGCCAUCGUGGGUGUGGUGUUGACUGUCUUGGGCUUGGGCACAGAGUAUUGGGUGGUGCUGUCUCCGCCCAAGAACUUCUACAACAACCAGACAUGUCUGGCAGCACACUACGGGCUGUGGAAAGGAUGCACCCGGACUCUGUGGGUGGCUGACAUAGACCCUGAGCGGGAGAGCUGUGGGCCGGCUGAACUGCCCGGAGAAUCUAACUGCACCUACUUCAAGUUCUACACCACUGGAGAGAAUGCCGUCAUCUUCCAGAAGACAACAGAAAAGAGUCUGAAUGUGGCGGCGGCCAUGAUGGCCCUCUUCGGUCUCUUCCUGAUGGUCACAGGGUCCAUAUGCAUCACCACAGCCCUCAGCAAAGGAGAAUCAUUCUUCCUCAAGGCUGCAUCGGUUUGCUUCAUUCUGUCAGGCCUCUUGAUUCUCCUGUCUCUUAUUGUUUUCAACCAAUCGGUACUCUCCUUCCUAGCCAGUGACCAUUCGGUGCCGUUGCAUCAUGAGUUGUCUUGGUCAGUAUCCUGUGUUGGGUUUGCAGGGGCCAUUCUUAUUUUGGGCGGAACCCUCUUUCUCUUGCUUGCGCUACCAUUCAGCCCCUGGCGAAGGUGUUUUCCCCCCAAAAAUGAAAGUGAUAGCUAGUAGCGAGGAGGAGGUAUUGCACUUUAUCUGUAUUGUCUUAUGACUGUUGAGAAAUGGACGGUCUCCUGCAAUUUGACAUUGAAUCAUUUGAAGUUGUGUUAAAGAGGGGUUCAAGUUGUUCAUUGUCUUGGAUGGUUUUUUCUCUCCUCAUUUUGCAUAAAUCAGUAGGUCAUUGAAGGGACACUAUACUGUUCUUGACUUAUGAAAGGUGAAGAAUUAACGCAAUGCCAAAUUACUUGUGUGCCAGUUGACAGCAAACUUUUUCUCACAUUGAAUGUGCAAAAUGUAAUGUGCCAGUAUGUUCCCCCCCUUUUCAAGUGUGAAAUUCAAUUGAAUUCAAAAUCAUUUUAAAUGAAUUUAACAAAAACAACAUUUUGCAGUUGUGUUUUGAAUUGGUUAACAUUACUUCAUUAUUUUUGCCAAAUCUUUGAUGAUAUUCUGAUCAACAGUCUUAUUAGAGAGUAUAAUCCUUAAGGAUAGUAAUUGGGAUUCAGAUGUAUUUCACAGAAUGAAAGUACAGUACAACAAUUCUAGAGUUUCUAGUAAAUAAAUACAUACACAAUAUCAUGAUAUUGCAAUGUUUUUACAACUGCCUUUAAUAUACGAUAUGUGUAUAUAUAUCAAAGAGACAUUAGCCUCUAAAUCCAAAUGUGUUCAGACCUCAAAGGUCAAGAUUAGUCUACGUCCCAGGCCAUCAUGUUUGUGAAUUCAGUUAUAUGUCACAAUAUAAAAGUAAUGUAAAAGACAAGCACCAUGUAAAUUCCAGAUAUGCAGAGCUUCUGUUUUCCAUUAAGUUGUGUAGUGUAAGAUGUGUGGACUCCUAUUGACAUUAGACUACUUUCAAAGUCUAAAAUGUGAUUUUGGAGUCUAAUGUCCCUUAAAAUUUUAGAUACACCAUCUGCUCUGGGUGUGUGGGUGACUAUAUUAUAGAAAUUACAAUAAAUUAUUAAAGCAGCACUGCCUAAAAACAUCACUGCCUGAAAGGACAGGCAAUUUCAUCGUAAACCCUAUUCAAGAGUUAAGAGGCUACUAACCAGUUAUAUAAGGUUGCAUUGUAAAUACACUAUUCAAAGUUAUAUGAGCCUUUAGUGUUGUAAAUGAAUAACGUAAAAACAUUUCAUGUGUUCUGUGUAACCCAAAUGUCACACGUUUAUAAAUACUGUAAGAUUUUGUAUCUGUUUUGUCUUUUUCUAGUGAGAUAGUUGUCAGAGGUAACCUGUGCAUAUCUGUAUUUAAAUGGGUAUUGAAGGGUAAAUUGUGUCUGUGGUUUUCAAUGGAAAUAAUUGCGUAUGUAAGACUUGAUUUAUUAUUAAAUGUGAAGACAACA